GGCUGCAUUUUCGAUGUUUUCUCUCACCGUUAGUUUGACAGUUUUUGCGAAGCGACCUGCGGAAAAUCGCUUUAAAAAGUGGGAAAUCAGUGGAAAAUACCAGUGAAAAGUGAGACAGCAUCUGAACAAGAAUCCAAAGUACCUUUUGCUGCAAGAGUUGAGCGAAAAAGUGUGAAAGGAAGCGAGUAAAGUGGUGUCUCUGGAGCGAUUGAGGGAUUGAGGUUAGCUAUUUUGGUGCCCCAUUUGUGCAGAAAGUACCCCAAGUGCACAAUUCAACUGCCGGCCAGAUGGCGAAGGUUCACAUCACCAAUGUCGUGGUACUGGACAAUCCCAGCAGCUUCUUCAAUCCCUUCCAAUUUGAGCUCACGUUCGAGUGCAUCGAAGAGCUGAAAGAGGAUCUGGAGUGGAAGAUGAUUUACGUGGGCUCCGCGGAAUCCGAGGCCUUCGAUCAGAUUCUCGACACGAUCUACGUAGGUCCCGUGCCCGAGGGCCGGCACAUAUUCGUCUUCCAGGCCGACCCGCCCGAUGUCACGCGAAUCCCCGAGCAAGACGCUGUGGGAGUCACCAUAGUUCUCCUCACGUGCUCCUACCGCGGCCAGGAGUUUGUGCGCGUGGGCUAUUUCAUCAACAACGAGUACGCCGACCCUGAGCUGCGGGAAAAUCCUCCACCGAAGCCUCAGUUUGAGAAACUCACGCGGAACAUUCUCGCCACGAAGCCUCGAGUCACGAGAUUCAAGAUCAACUGGGAUGACGCCACGCAAAACGGAUCGACUUCUCACGCGGGUCUCGCGGACGAGAAUAUGGAGCAGGACAACAUGGGAUGCACGGUGAGCGCAGCAAUAGACGAAAACAGCCUGGCCAUGCCCACAGAUACCGCACAGUCGAACGGCGUGAACGAGAACUCUAAUUCGUUAGCCAUGAUGGAGUGCUGAGGAUUUGAGAAGUGGAUUUUAGCUAGUUUGUGAACUGAUUCAUCCCAUUACAAUCUCACUGCGUCUAUUUCACAGUCCCGCGAGGGAAUUUCGCUGUAAAUAAAUUUUCUACAUGAA